CUUAACACCCCCACCCCUUAUCCACUCGGGUUUUUUUUUUUCCAGGAGAGAGCGAGGAGGUGGCUUCCACCGCCUGCUCCCUUCCCUCUUCCCCCAUCGAGCUCGUUGGGGCCGCUCUGGUUUUCUGAUCCCGAGAGAGCAGAAGGAGGCGUUUAUGUAUCCGCAGAGGGAGCUGUUGCAGAGAAGUUGGGCAGCCUGGUUCCCUGUGCGCCCUACUCCGCGGUUCCAUGGGAAGGAAGGGGAAGGAUAGGGUUUAGCUUGGUUUGGAAAGGGGAGAAAAUCCUGUCAGGGAUGUGGGAUUCCUUUCCGAGGGUGCCUUAAUGGUUGUACUCGUGGUCCGAUUGAUCCUCUCUUGCCAUCAGAGGAGUCUCGGUUGCCCAAACGGAAACAAAUGCUUCCUUGCGGAGUCAUGGUUCAUUGAUAGGAGGUAAACUCGGACAGAAAAUUCCAGCCAACCGCCUGCGGGAUUGGCCAUCGUGUCCCACCGGAGCCUGGUAGCCAUUUUCAUCCCUUUGAGCCGCUUGUGGCUGCGUUUCCCGCUGGAUGCUUCCAUCGGAAAGCUCUGGCUGCUGCAUCUCUCUGGAGGUGUUUGAGGUUCUUGAGGCCCUGGCAGCUGCCGCGGGAGGGUGUGGGGUGUUUUGCCGUGUUGUCCGUCUCCGAGACCGUAGGAUUCUCCAGCAGGGUUUGCUCACCCAAGCCCCAUUUUGCCGUCCGGCUGGAACACAACCCUGAAUCCAGGAGACCUGGGGACCUGGAGGAGGUCGAGUAGAGCAGAAAGGGAAGUGGGCAUUGUUUUUUUGGUGCGAGAGCUCUGGAAAGUGAGCAUGGAAAACAAUGUCCGACUGGGAAUCCUGGUCCAUCCGACCGGGAAUCCCAGACCACAACCCCUCCUGAAGGACACACAGCCUGGUGGUCGGCUUUUUGAUCCUGUUUGAGUGUUUGUGCACCCUCUGGGAAGGGUUUGGAGCAUCCUCGGGGGGGGUUGUGCCCUCUGGAAUAGGCAGAUUUACCGCUCUGCACUGCAAACCCUCCCAAUUAGCGUCUCGGAGGCGGAUGUUUGAGAAUAGCUGAUGCCCGGUCGUGCUCUGCAUAAUGCGCUUGGCGAAGGAACAAUAAAUGCCUGGAUUUAAGCGGAAUAUAGACAGCUAAUUAUCCUGGAGGUUAAACGUUCCCUUUGGUCCCCAGGGAAUCCUGAACCCUCGCAAACUCCCAGAGCAAUAUUAAGAAAUGGUUUCCUAAAUCCUAAAAUCAUUCUUUGUGUUGUCCAGUUUUCCAAUCCAUCAUCCAGUGCUGUGGAAGGAUACGUCCAGGACAGGGAGAGCCAGAGCUCUGUGGAGGCUGGGGUUUGGCUGGGGACACUGGUGUUAGCGCUGUGCUCAGAGGGGCAAAGGGGCUGCGUUCCUUCCCCGUGUGCUCCAGCUGAGCUGUUGUUGGUUGGAAGGAGCUCCUGGAAGCCAAGGGGCUCGAUCGGAGGGGAAAAAGAAAGGGAAAAAUCGGUUAUGGUGUGGCUUGUGCUGUGCUUGUCUCUUUCCUUACGGAUGCACUGUAACAAAGCUGCCAGCCUGAUGUUCCCGGGGCUGUUUUGAGGGCAAAAAAGGUGGUUGCGGGAGCAGAAAUGGCUGCGGAGUGUGGGGUGAACGUGCUUGUUCAGCUCUCCUGUGGCUUCACAGGGAUUUGCCCAAAACCCCCAAGUCCAGGAUUUUAGCGCUGUGUAAAAUCUCCAGGGAUUCAAUGGAGACCUGGGAAAAACCAGGCUGGCAACGCCUGGUGAAGUCAAUGGGAACGUCGAGGCGUUCCUGGGCGCUGUGGGUGAUGAAACCAGCUCCUCCAGGCUGCGCUCCACGAGAGGCAGAGGGAAUUCUGGAGUUCCCACUGUAAUUGUGGCCUUUUUGGUUUUUUUUCAUUAGGAUGUGCUAUAAAAUUGAGUUAAUUCCCUUCUUGCGUGAGUGCAUUGUGGAGGGAAAUCCAGCAUUGUGGGAAAUCACCCGGCACCUCAGAGGUACCGGAGUCUUGGAAAAUGGAUUUUUGUUUGGGAAUGAUUCCAAAUGGGACCAUUGAUCCUGCUGAAACGCUGGUGUGUGUGCUCAGAGAUGACUCUUACGUGCUUGAUCAACACGAUUAAAAUAGCCUGCUAAGGGAGUACUUAACUCCAGAGCCAAUUAGCCAGAUGCUGCCGAACAGCAGGAAUUGCGCUCCGGCUCCGGGACAGCCCACCCAGCCUGGGCUUCCAGAACCCUAGGAAAAACCCUCCCAAGAAGGAGGUUUAGUUCUCUUGAACCCCAUGUUUCUCAACCCAAGCGUCUUCUGUAGACUAAUUACAACAUCCAGACACAUUUCUCCCUGUUUAUAUCCUCUCCCCCUUCAAACAGUGAGCUGUCGAGCUCCGAAAGUUUGCUGGAAUUGCCUGUCUAGACGGAGCAGGAAUAGCCCAGCGUGCUGGCAUGCAGCGGGAUUUGGGAGCCGUUCCUUUUUUAAUUCCCUGUCUAUAGACUUCUGAAUGUUUUAUCCCUUUAUGAAUUGUUUGGAACAUGCCAAUAUUUGGGCAUUUAACAAUCCCGUGUGUUCCCAGGGUGAUUUGGGAGCGGUUUGUAGCACCGCCGGCUCCGGGAAGGCUCCAGUUGCUCCCAUGGAAGCAGCAGGAUCUGGGUUUCUGCGGGCUGUGCUGCUACAGCGGCGAUAUUUUAUUGUAAUCCUGCAGGUAGAUCCCUCGACGUUUCCCGAUGGAUGUUUCCCUGUUUCCAUAGACACAUCCGAGCGCUCUGCGAGCCGUAUAUUGCCCUUAAUCCGAAGGCGCUCCCCGCCAGUAACGAGUUUAUUUGAACCCGCAUUAACCUUUGCUAUUUUACCAGCCUUGACAUUUCCACUUGGGUUUUAAAGCCGCUCGUGUGUUUUACAGCCCCUGGCGCUGCUCUGCGCGAGGCUCUCGGCUGAUGGCCCUGCUGGAAUUCCCAGACACGGAGUCGCAGGCAGGGCUCGCGGCAGCCUGGACCCCGAUUCCGACCCAAGCCGGGGCUGCCUGGCCCUGGAUUCUUACCGGGGGGCUGGAAUGAAACAUUCAUUGCGCCGUUGCCAUUUAUACCCUCAGAUACCAGCAGGGUUUGGUUUCCACUCUGUUAUUUUAUUCCUUUUGUGCUUAGAAUUUUCUUACCAAGCAGACGUUCAGAACCUGCCGUUGUCUGUUUUCCCCCCUCAAGACUUAAUUACUCUUUAUUUUACCCCUCUGAAGUGGGUAAAACUGUAUUUUUGGGCAAUAAGAUGCAGUGUUUUUCAGGCUUUUUGAGAUUUCCCAAUAACUUCUAUCCUGGCAGCUUUAGUUUUUCACAGCGUGUUCCCAAACUCUUGGAAUGAGCUGUUCUGGUGUGAUUUGCUUUCUGGGGAUGCUGACGUGUUCUUUUGUUCCUUGGAUUAAGUUUGAGACAACUUGAGAGAGCGCAGGUAAAGCCCCCUCAAGCACAAUAUUACUGGCAGUGCCAGUGUCUUUCCUUCUCCCUCCGGAUUAAAGCAUCCUUGUCUUUAUUUAUAAAUGGGAGUAUAAAGCCGGCUCUAAAGCGCAAUUGUGAGUUUGAUUUUAAAACCCUGAACCAUAGAGACCCGGGCGUUCAGCUCCGGGAUCACAGGUCAGCUCCUGAGCCCUUUCCAUCACUGCAACCCAGCGUUACCGGCACCGCGGGAGGUGCUGGACGCUCCCCAAGCUGGAUGGUUACGCUGCCCGCCGCACUUUUCCUGGUAGCGGACACGGAGCAGGCUGGCAGGGAAGUGACACUGGGGUGUAAUCGCACGAACCGCAGCACUUUGGCCGGCGGAGCUCCGUCCUCAGCCUGCCCGCAGCCUCUCUGUGCUGCUCACAUCCGAUAUCGCAGCCUCAUCCGCCGCUAAACUCUCCAGCUCCUGUGUUUCUGAGCAGAGUUUCACAUGCCAGGGUUUGUGUGAGGUGGGAUUUAGUGCCUGGAGGUAUCACGAGGAAUGAAGGCGUUGGAUUCGGAGCACUGAGGGGCAGAGUUUGCAACCAGCUCUUGGUCCAGGACGCUGCUUGCAGACCCUGAAGAUCGACACCAGUGACUGCGCUCGGGCUUUGUGACAAGAAGCUGCUUUUGGGCGGCAGGAGCUGCAGCGUUGUGCCGGCUGUCAGCAGAUUACUGACAACUUCAGACCCCGCUUGCCCUUGCAGCUGGGAUUUUGCCAUCCCGAUCCAGAUCUCUGCUGCUUCCCAGACUGAUACGACGCUGGGUGUGAAUUGCAACUACCGGCUGCAUUGCGCAGGGGUGAGGACUCUUUAUUCCCCUCUCCCGUACAGCCGGACAUCAGACCAAACGCGCUGAGAUGUCUAGAAAGCAGAAUACAAAAGAUCCAUCUGGAUUUAUUUUUGAUGUGCAGUCCAACACCGUGAUGGCCCAAGGAGGAACCUUUGAAAACAUGAAGGAGAAGAUCAGCGCCGUGCGUGCAAUAGUCCCCAAUAGGAGCAACAACGAGAUCGUCCUCGUGCUGCAGCAUUUUGACAACUGCGUGGACAAAACGGUCCAGGCGUUUAUGGAAGGCAACGCCAGUGAAGUGCUGAAAGAAUGGACUGUGACUGGCAAAAAAAAGAACAAGAAGAAGAAAACUAAACCGAAACCGCAAGCCGAAUCGAGCCCUGGCCUCCCGGACCCCAGUAAAUUGGUGUCCACUGAAGAGGAGCAGGCGGCAAACUCAGAGAAGGGUGGAAUGAACGGUUUCCAUGUCAACGGCUGCGCCCACGACACAGAGUCUGUGGACUCGCUCAGCGAAGGUUUGGAUGCACUUUCAAUUGAUGCCCGGGAGCUGGAGGAUUGCGAGUCUGCGGUGCCGGACAUGCCUGAUAGAACAGCAGUACCUGACCUAGGGAAUGGAAUAGCAGGCUUUGACACAAAAUCGCUCACCAUGCAUCCUUCCCAGAGCCCCUCGUCUCUCCGGCAGCGGCCUGAGCAGAGGAGCGCUAGCAGGUCUCUGUCCAGAUCAGCAGCGAGCAACCCAACUCCUGCGUCCCUGUCUGUCGCGCGGCUGGAAGAUGUUCCGGUUUCACCUACAAACAAGAAGCAGGGUUCUAAUAUCGAAAAAUCGGUGAAGGAUCUCCAGCGCUGCACGGUCUCGCUGGCUCGGUACCGGGUGGUGGUGAAGGAGGAGAUGGAUGCAUCCAUCAAGAAGAUGAAGCAAGCCUUUGCAGAGCUGCAGAGCAGCCUCAUGGAUCGGGAGGUGGCUUUGCUGGCAGAGAUGGACAAAGUGAAAGCAGAAGCAAUGGAAAUUCUGGUCAGCCGCCAGAAGAAGGCAGAAGCCCUGAAGAAGAUGACGGAUGUGGCAGUGCGGAUGUCGGAGGAGCAGCUGGUCGAGCUCAGAGCCGACAUAAAGCACUUUGUGAGCGAGCGCAAGUACGAUGAGGACCUGGGCAGGGUGGCGCGCUUCACCUGCGACCUUGAUGCGCUGAAGAAAAGCAUCGCCUCCUUUGGCCAAGUUUCCCAUCCAAAGAACAGCUACUCCAGCCGGUCACGGUGCAGCUCUGCCGCCACCACAUCCCUGAGCCGUCCUGGUGAGACCCCUGCUCCCUCCGCACCCGCCUGUGCCUCUGUGCCCGCCGCCAGCCUUACCGCCACCAGCAAGAAGCCCUCAGCCUCCGCGGAGGCAGCCCCGGGGAACGCCGGCAGCCGCGCUUCCCAGCCUGCCCGAGAGGCUUCCCAGGGGAACAGGAGACCGGGCGCGGGGAACAGGUCUCAGGGCCAGCGCCACGUCGGCCCCACCACCUCCGGGCGCUACAACAGCAGCAACCGGCACAGGACCGGGCCCGGCCAAGCCCGGCAGCAGCCGCCCUCGUCCCCGGCCGCCAGCCCUGGCCAGACUCAGCCCACGGGCCCCCCGCCCUCCAGCACAGAGACCAAGGGGCUCCCGCAGCGGAAGCCUCGCGCCAGCCGGCAGGAGGGAGCCAACUCCUGAGGCGCCCGGGCUCUCGCUUCGUGCCGCGAGGCCCAGGUGAGGCCCGUCAGAGGCUCCUAGGUAGGAUGAUACCAACGAAGGAACGUUUACACUGCUCCAUUCUUGUGCCAUUUUCCUUUCUUUUUUCCCCUCCCUUGGGCUGCUUUGUGUUCCUCUCACGUCUGAGCCGGGUCCGGACUCCCCGCGCUGCUGCCUUUCCCUCGCUCUUUUCUCUUCCAAAAUCGCCGCUCUCUGGGGGGUCACGGGCAGCGCUGGCCGAUCCCCCGCCCGCCUGCCUUCCCUGGGCGCCCACCUCUGGAUUUAGCCCCGGAGCAGCGCCCGGUGCUGGUCCAUCCCAGCCCACCCCUCGUGCUGGCAGCGAGGAGCUUGACCAGGGGGCUGUGGGCAGGCCUGAAGCUGGGCCCCUCGUCUCUGUUUUGCUGGGGACCCUUCCCCGUUGGCUGGUUUUUGUGUUGAGAAUCUCUUUAUUUCCCUCACUUCUCCUUUUCCCCUCCCCUCACUUCAUCCCUAAAUUAAAUUUAGAGCAAUAUCCAGUAACCGAGCUGCUCCCGGAGGUACCGGUUGCACCAGCCCGGCUCUAGCGCCGCGUGAAUAAGGAUGGGGUUUGUGCCGAGCGUCGUGCUCUGCCGUGUGCUGAAUCCCUGGCUCCGGCGCUCGGAGAGGCUGGGGUGGCCCGGGGGCUCCUGGCUUUGCUGCCCCCCUGGUUUCUAUGCUGAGGGGAGUGGGGGUGGAGUUGUUUCUCUCUUUAGUUGGUUGAGCAAAUUCAAUAAAAGAACCCUGACUUUGAGCAUUCUCCUCCGCUCCAGCGUUUGCUGCAGGCGCUCCGAUCCGCUCGCGCACGGGGGCUGUGGUGAGAACCCAGGAACUGGGGUCCCAGUGGGCCACCGUGAGCCAGCAACGCUGAGUUCCCGUGGGCCACUG